AAAAGGAAAAUAAAAAGUUUCUUUAUUAUAAAAAGAUAUGAACACCUUUUAAAUAUAACAAAUACUAUAGAGAUUUAUGUAAUAAUUAGAAGACUUAAAAUCUCAAUUAAAUCAGAUAAAAGAAAUGGCAGUGAGUUCAAUAUUAAUAAAAAACAUGCUCCAAGUACAAACAAACUCUGUCUUGAAAUCAAAGAAGUUACAAAUAACUAUCUUAGUAGUUCUGGGAAUACUCGGUUAUCAUUUCAUUAGUAGUCGCUUUAUUGGAAAAGGCCAGAAAACUGUUAAGAGCGAAAUGCAUCAAAUUCAGCAAAAGGGUUGUGGUAAGCAAGUUAAAAUAAUAUUGUCCUUCAUAUAAUAAUAAUACAAUAUGAUGAAUUGUUUCAAAUAUUUUAAAACCAAAACAGAUGAGACCAUUGUUGGGCCGCAAGGAUCAAAAUAUGAUCCCAGUAUAAAUUAUGGUGAGCUUGUAUGGCAGUCAUAUUACGAAUCACAUAAGGGAGAAGAUUUUGCUGAAGAAAUGAAAAAAGUAAUGGAAUAUUAUGAUGAUGAAAUUUACUGGGAUAGUGAGGAAGGUGCAAAAUAUAAAAAAAUGAUUGAUUUAUCUAUACCGGCUAACAACAAUAUUAUGUAAUGUCAGAUCAUAGCUUCCUUUAAAAAAACAGGCAAGACAAUUGAUCGAAGUACUUAGCUUAGAUUUCAUAUUUUACAUGUAAUAAUUAAAUUUGCGGGAUUCAUC